UCGGAACCAAAACCACAUGAUCGUUAAUCAACGGCCAAGAAAUGACGGCUCUACUUCGUAUCGUCUCUCCGGUGACCUUCACCGGCGGUAACCUCCCGGAUAAUUCCCGUUCUCGGCGGGGAACGGUGGUGAAAUGCUCGAACGAACGCCGAGUUCUAUUCAACCGCAUUGCUCCAGUUUACGAUAACUUGAAUGAUCUCUUAAGCUUAGGCCAGCAUCGAAUUUGGAAGAACAUGGCUGUCUCAUGGAGUGGGGCGAAAACAGGAAAUAACGUUCUUGAUUUGUGUUGUGGAAGUGGUGAUUUAGCGUUUCUCUUGUCUGAGAAAGUUGGUUCAACUGGCAAGGUGAUGGGUUUGGAUUUCUCAUGUGAACAACUAGCAGUUGCAGCAACUAGACAGAAUCUUAAAGCAAGGUCUUGUUACAAGUGUAUAGAGUGGAUGGAAGGUGAUGCUCUUGAGUUACCAUUUGGUGAUUGUGAAUUUGAUGCUAUUACAAUGGGUUAUGGUCUUAGAAACGUUGUUGAUAGAGAUAGAGCUAUGAAAGAGAUGUAUCGGGUUCUGAAACCAGGUUCAAGAGUGUCCAUACUUGAUUUCAAUAAGAGCAACCAAUCCGUUACUACUUUUAUGCAGGAUUGGAUGAUUGACAAUGUAGUUGUCCCUGUGGCUACUGUUUAUGGUCUUUCAAAGGAGUAUGAAUAUCUGAAAUCUUCAAUCAACGGGUACCUAACAGGAGAAGAGCUAGAGACUCUUGCUCUAGAAGCUGGCUUCUCAAGUGCACGUCAUUAUGAGAUAAGCGGUGGUUUUAUGGGGAAUUUGGUCGCUGAGAGGUAACGUCCGACCAACAACAGAUAGAUUUACACUAUCUUUAUCUGGAUUUUUAUAAGAAAAGAGAAACGCUUUGCGUUAGGAUGAUGCAGAUUGAUCUAUUAAAUGUUGAGGAAUUGUUUUUAUAUCUGUAUAACUUACUUCUGUGAUCAAACUGUCAAUGUAAUCUGUUUCUGGUACACUACACUCUUAGCGAUCCCAACGAUGAUUGUGAAUCUUUUCUCCCAGUUUAAGCAUUUUUGCCUCUGUU